ACAAGUUAGGUUUGGUUCGUUAUGUCAAUUGACAUUGACAAUACACGCGUUUUUUCAUAGUUUUUUUCUGCGGAAUAAGUUUUUCUUAAAAAUGUAUAAUUUAUCGCCUCGAUUUUUACUCCCAUCUUCCCAAACUGGUGUUCUUUUGGGACCCAGUUAUUAUUUGCUAGAUGAAGUAGCUGCUAUCAAAGAGAGUUAUGUCCCAUUCUCAUCCAACACCUACCGCAAACCAUUCGUACCUACCACCUACACAGAAGCAAUCUAUGGACCUGUGGACCAACACAAAAUCAUCGGAGGUAGCUCCAUGCAAAACCGAGCACCACGAGUAACCUUCGCCCAAACUACAAGCAAUAAAAAAGAGUUUCCUAAAGGAGACUUAGAAGAAGAUAAAGAACUAAUAAAACAAAAAUCAACUACUUUAAAACCACCCCCACGCCGUACUCGUAAACUCUACGUGUGUAAAGUUCCCUUCUACAACGAUGUGAAAGGACCUUCCGUGCCAUCCCACAUGGACGACAAUGGUUACACCGUCGAUGAGAACGAUAAACUCAUAAAAAAUCCACCGGAUGUCGUGGAUACAACAUUGGGUCCAGCUCGUUACUGCGUGAAUCAAUGCGCAAAUAUGUCGAAACGCAUGUAUGGCGGCUGUAAAUGGUCGGCGCGGACAGAGCCACGACGGACGAUUUUUGCACUCAAUGAUUUUCCUGGCCCAGGAAGCUAUGAUGUGAAUGAGAAGCGCGAGGAUCCUGCGGCGGAGCUUACGGCACGCGCUCGUGAGAUGGCAGUAGGCAUGUCGUACAAUCCACGAAUGAUGGAAUCCAUUCAGAAUCAAACUCUACGCGAGGAUUUUCCUGGGCCACCAGAUUACAAUAUACAGAAACCUUUAAUUACACGGACGACAAAUAAAUAUGCAGGGUUUAAUAUGUCAUCUAGACGCUUCAAAUCAGCGAAUGAUGAUCGUCCAGGUCCUGGAGAUUAUGAACUACGCAGUACUUUAAUACGGAAAAAAGUAUCUCAAUCAGAAACUGGUUUUGGUUGUAAAGUAUUGAGUUCAAAACGCAAGAAAAAAGCUGGGGUUGAAAAACCUGGUGUUGGAACUUAUGACCUCGCCCGAUUCCCUUCAUCAUCAAAAUUCUUACAAUACCGCACUGUUCCCUUUGGCACAGGUGCAACACGUGACUUUUUCAUCCCAGAUGACCAUCCAGGUCCCUCUGAUUAUAACACAAUCCCUAAAAAAGAUGAUUCCAAACCAUCAGCGAUUUUUCGAACAAAUCGUGCUCGAUUAGAGGAGAUAGUCCAAAGCCACCCGAAUGCUACAUGCGCAACGUAUAACAUCCGAGAUGAUUUCAACAGAUUGAAAGCUCGAAGAUCAUUUGCAAGGAAAGAAGUGAGUUUUUCAAGUACACAGGAACGCGUGGCGUUUAAACCUCGUGACGGGCCUAGUUUUUCAAUGGAAGAGACCGAAAAACCAAAGAAAGGAUUUGCAAUUGCGAGGAUUCCAAGAUUUGCUCAUUUUGAUAAUGGUGUUCCGGGUCCAAAUGCCUAUUUGAUUCAACAAUCAGUGGCUUCAUCAAUGUACAAAUCAGCUGCAACGUUCAAUAUCCGCCUGAAAGAAAAUGUAAUCGGUUCAAAACUCCGAUUAGCCCCGAAACACACCCGUGUCGCAUGGUACAAAGAAAAAACCAAACGAAAAAUGCUCCGGGUCUUCAAUCGUCCAGAGAUUCAGUGCAUGGAGAGCUGGAUGGAAUUGUAAGCGACACAUCAUUAGUAUGCGCGUUUAUUUUAUAACCUCACUAAAUGUCAGCGUCAGUAAAUCCUGGAAAAGGU